AUCACAUUAUAAACCCACCCAUCCCUUCUUCAUCAUUACUUUAUUCCUUAACCCCCGUCUCCCCCACGUUUCCAUCGUUUCCUUCACAGUCGCGAUCUUCUUCCCCAGAAAAAAGGUCAAACCUUCAAACUUCCAGCCCAAAAACAUGACAACCUACGGCACAAUCCCGACAUCCUCAUCGCCAGGACCCUCGACGAACCUCGAAUACCUAUCCCGAGCCAAGGAACGGAUCAAAGAAGGCCUCGGAACUCGACGUCCAUGGAAACUCAUGUUCAACAUCCGCUCCAUCAACUUCCCCGGGAACCUCUCCGAAGCCAUUUCCAGAGUGAGAACUAACGUAGCUUACUUCCGCAUGAACUACGCCAUUAUCGUGCUAUUGGUACUUUUUCUUAGCCUUUUAUGGCACCCCAUCUCCCUCAUAGUCUUCGUAGUCAUGAUGGCCGCUUGGCUGUUCUUGUACUUUUUGCGCGAUGAACCCAUAGUUGUUUUCAGCCGUACGAUCGACGAUCGUGUGGUGCUGAUCGUGUUGGGCGUUUUGACCAUUGUGUUCUUGCUGUUGACUCAUGCCACGCUUAAUAUUUUGGUGUCUCUUUUGAUCGGUGUGGUUAUCGUUCUGGUCCACUCUACCCUGAGGAGGACUGAUGAUUUGUAUGAUGAAGAAUCUGCUGCCUUGAUGACUGGAACUGGACCUUCAUCUUCUUCAUAAUUGUGGGUUUCUUUUUUUUUUUGGGGGGGGGGGUUUAAUUUGAGUUAUUGGUCUCAGUAUGAUCUCAAUUUUUUUGUUUGUUUGUUUGUUUCUAAGUGAUCUUUAAUUUAAUAUUGGGGUUAAUUUCUUCUUUUAACAUUUUUAAGUGCCAAAGAUGUUUUGGUUUGAUCCCUUAAAUCAUAUAAUUGAAUUGCAGUUUGCAAGUGGUAGUUCUGAAUGGUGUGUAGAGGAAUCUGUUGCUCAGAUCAUCUGAUCUUUUUUCUGACGAUUUUCUUUCUUUUUUGUUUGGUAAUUGAGAGUUUUGUUUCUUCCGGUACUGUGUAAUGAGAUAUGCACCAGCCCAAGCUAGCCAUUGUUCUCAGUGAACAGUUGAUAAUCUUUGGCUAGGUGACUGUAUAUUGAAACAGUCUGGUAUAUUGUUCUUGAUGGUUGAUUUGGAUUUUUUCCUGUUUUUGGCUAUAAUAUGGCCUUUCAGUUUCA